CCCAACAACAACGACAACAAGCACUUUUUUUUUACUCUUGCAUGUACAUUCUGCUACCACGCUUUUCGCUGCAGAAAUGGCUCUCUCAUUUACGGCAUCUUUCUUCAUCGGCUGGGCUGUUGGGGUCUGCACGAUUUCCCUCGCCAUCGCAAUCAUCGUCCUGGCUUCGAGAGGGACGGCACGUGGAGCCUCUGUCUUCGCCUGGCUAAGCAGCAAUCACAACCCCGAUGCUGCCGAAACCUCUACCAAACAAACAACUUCAGCUACAAAUGUUCCCAUUCCUCGACAGGCCACAGUGAACUGGGAUGACGACCCGAACCCUAUCACAUCGCCGCACAGGAAGUUGCACGAGCGUAUCGGGGAGAUCGUGGGACCCAAAGGAAUGAAUGAGAAUGUUGGGUUCGAGCAUUUUAUCAAGUUUCUUGCCCUGAAGCUUGUUUACGGCGGCCAAAAUCCUGCCAUCAAGCCUACCAUUAUGCCAACCAUUGAGAGGUCCAAGUUCGAUGAUCAAGAACUCAUCCGUCUUGCGGGCAACCCCCCGGAAGGUCAGACCUCUCAGCCACAGGGCAUCCCACUCGCGAUAUUGAAGAAUGCCUGUUGCCUCCUGAGGUCUCAAGCUGUUUUCAGCUCAUCCCUAAUCGCUACAGAGGUUCUCUUCAUGUUGCUCAUGCCUCUAUACAAAUUGCAAUACGUACCUGCGACCGGUUUCCCUGUUGACGGGAAAGACCCGCGGCAGAAGAGAAUUGACUCCAUGGCCUCUGAAGUCGCCGACGCGCUGAAUAUGGAGCUCCUUGAUGCCUGUGGCCGUUCUGGCGAUGUGAUCAAAAAAAGGCUGAGCAUUCUAUUUGGCCUCGCAGCAAACUCGGCGCUCAUUUUCUUCGGACAGCCCUCGGAGUGGGAGGCUGACUGGGUCUCAGACCCAGGCCGCCUCGUUGCCCCAAGGAUCCGAUUCAUGUGGAAUGGGCAGAUCAAAUGGACCAGGCCGGCUGCCCUGUAUCCUGGCACCCCA